CACAUCAUGAGCUUAUUAAACGUUUGCUCAUUUCUCUGGUGUAAAAGUGCAAGGUCUGUCAACUGAAAUGCAAAUAUGCAUCUGUCUCGACACGUUAUCUUCAUGUGGGGGCGGGUAGGGUGACCUACGGGUAUCCAACUCCACCAAAAUCCGUUUACGUGUAACGUUCAGCAACGAGACCCUGUAUGAAAGAUUGCCCAACAUUCAUCUCCGCCGCACCGUAUACACGACAGGGGAAUGACACCGUAACGUUCAGCUCUUCUCUCAUUUGUCAGCUUUUACCGCCAAAGACCGUUUGUUUUGUCAUCCCUGGGAAGCGAGUUUUACAACCGCGGUUUUAAGCCCUUUUAGACAGUCAUGUGAUUGUAACGUAACCCGACCGGAAAACACCGACGACGACGACAAACCAUCGCCGCCAAUGCUGGGUUUGAGAGGAACAGAGCAGCUGCGAGCCCAACGGAUAAGUCCUCCCCCCCACCCGGUAACAGACAACAACUCACCAAACUCCACGCGCGCUCGAGCGGAGGAAAGGUGGAAGAAUGGAGCUGGCCAAUCAUGGUCUUAUCCUUCUGCAGCAGCUCAAUGCACAGAGGGAGUUUGGCUUCCUGUGUGACUGCACAGUCGCCAUCGGUGACGUCUUUUUUAAAGCACACAAGGCCGUAUUGGCUGCAUUCUCAAACUACUUCAGAAUGCUAUUUAUACACCAGGACAGUGACUGUGUUCGCUUAAAGCCUGCAGACAUUCAGCCCGACAUCUUCAGCUACCUCCUCAAUCUGAUGUAUACUGGCAAACUGGCAACACAGCUGAUAGACCCGGCUCGUCUGGAGCAGGGCGUUAAGUUUCUCCAUGCCUACCCUCUCAUUCAGGAGGCCAGUCUUGCUAGCCAUUCAGCAUUCUCUCACCCUGAGGUCAGCCUUCCUCUCUCCUCCUCUCUUUAUGGCAUUCAAAUAUCAGACCAACAGGCCUCGAGCACAAAAUGUCUCCCAGCGAGAACGCAAUUGUCUUCACCAUUUGAUUUGGAAGGCAGUGGUUUGCUCGAUGGGAAGUUUGUGACCACAAAUAAAGCUGCUACCUCACUGACACGGUCUGGAUCCAAACACAGGCAUGCUCUGUCAGAAAUGGAGGUAGAGGCAUCUGCAAGCACCAAUCAGUUUCUGAGGGAAAGCGCUGAGAUGGAAACAUCUGCAGGGGAGACCCCAUCUUGCUCCAUGAGUACCAACACAAUUCUACAUGUGAAGCCCAGCAUUAUGAAACGAAGUUCAUCUAUGAGAAAGCAUUACACGUGCCAUGUUUGCGGUGGCCGCUUCACCCAGCGAGGAGCCUUACGAGAGCACCUGCUCUUACACACUCAGGCAAUGCUCCCUCUGGUGUUAGAGCCAGGCAGUGCAGCUUCCCCCAUGGCGAAUGGAGAUGCUGCCACGCCAGAUGUGGAGGAAGUUUUUAGAGGCAGGGAAGCUGCUGCAGCCACCCCUGUCAUCGUGGACAUUGCAAGCGAUAGUGAGCAGCUUCUGUACUCUAAAGACUCUCUAUAUGCAGAAACUGCAAUGCCAGUCCCUACAACAACAGCAGUCAGCCUGUGUACAGCGCAGCCCCAGGCGGACACACCUCCUCCAUCCGAUAUUGCUGACAUCGACAACUUGGAGGGUGCGGCAGACAUGGAGCGGGAAGUGAAGCGAAGGAAAUAUGAGUGCUCCACUUGUGGCCGCAAGUUCAUACAGAAGAGCCACUGGAGAGAGCACAUGUAUAUCCACACAGGCAAGCCCUACCGCUGCAGCGCCUGCGGCAAAAGCUUCUGCCGGGCCAACCAGGCGGCGCGACACGUUUGCAUGAAUCAGGGCUCUGAGCCAGCGUACACCAUGGUGGAUCGACAGAGCAUGGAGCUUUGUGCAGCUGAUGACUCCAGCCAAAUGGAGGCUCUGUUUCUUGGCUCUUCAGGGAGACCUUACAAAUGCAAUGUAUGUGAAAUGACAUUCUCCAGUCCCAAUGAGGUAAUCAAACACCUGUGCUUUAACCAGGUGACUCUCUCUGGUGGGGCAGCUCUAGGAAUGGGAAUUAGUGGGCUAAACAGUGACAACCUGGCCAAAGAUGAAGGUUCAGAUUCAUCCAGUGGUGGGCCAUUAAUAACACCCAUCAAAACUGAGGCAUGCUUUGUGGAAUAGUUCCACAUGCAUUCACUUCAAAAUAUAUAUAUAUAUAUAUUUUUUUAAUGUAUUGCAUUUGAUUUGUUUGGGGAUAAAUUAUAAUCAGAAGUUAAGCUAACAGUACAGAUGAGAAUUCUACUUCUACUGAAAAGAACUUCUACUUUCUGUGUUGUGCAUUUUAAAUGCAGAACCAACUCUCAUGAAUUUGGUUACUAUAUUUAUAACAGAUUUACUAUAUGAUUAUUCCACCGAGAUGCCCAGAAGACCAACUUUCCUGGUUUACUCAGGUCAUUUGCACAGUUUGUGUUGUGUUUAAAGUUCUUCCUGUGACUAUAUGUCUACAGGAAAAGGAUGUAGUGAACUUUUGUAAUCCUACACGUUCAUCACAAUGUGCGGAUCAGAUGUAGACUGGAAGUUUGGUAAUUCAAGUAAAUAUAUAAAAAUUAAAAAAAGUAAAUCCUUAGUUUGUGGGUGUCAUGGUGGAAUCUCCAGUAAUGUAUUUUGUAUGGUGUCUCCAUACAAAGCAAAAUCUCAACAUCUCAGUAUGUCAGCUUUUCUGAGCAGCUAAGUUUGCGGCUUGAUUUAUGGAACAAGUGUCCUUCUCUACCCCAACUGUUACACCUGUUUCAGACAUGCAGUAUCAGACUAAUCUGAAAUUUGCAUCAAAGAGUAAUUCUAGGGUAGAGGAUCAAAGCCAAUUUUAGCUGCUAGUGCCUCCAAGGAGUUACAUUGAUCUGACAGAAUUUUUAGAUUUUUUUUCUGACACUGUUUCUAAUUUCUCUUUAAGUGCUUUGGGUUAGCAAGAGCAAGGUGUAAGUGUAUAUAACCUUAAUUUCUGCAGUGCCAGAGCACAUGUCAUACAUACUUUUUAUUAUUUUAUAUUUUAGUUAAUGUGACCCACAAUAUAUUUGCCUAUAAUUGUCAUUUUGUGUAAUUUGUCAAUUUGUUACAGUGUUGUUUUUUGUGCCAAUACCACAUAGAUGAUAAACAUCCAUGCCAUAAAAUCAUCUUUCUUUUGAUUGGAUGCAUCAGGCUCUUCACAUGUUCUGUUGCUUUCAUUGUGGGUAAACGUGUUAACAGUUGGACUAUGCUUAAUCCACAAACUUUUACUGUGUGUGAAUUUAGAAAACACUGUGGACAAUCUUAAAUGUGUACAUAACAUUCCUUAAAGGGAGAUAUUUCUGUCGUUCCCCAUCAAAUGAUUUACGUGAAUAUGCUCUUAAAUUCCUUAUUUUUGAGUUUUAUAUAACUUUUCAAAUUUUAUAUACAGUGCUGUAUUUACAAAGAAUUUUAUAAUCUCAAAAGUUGUAUAUUGAUAAUUACAUUUAUUGUAGAUGAUUAUCCAUUUUAGUGCAGCACAACUUUGUGUACUUGUAGUUUAUAUGUACUGGCUGUCUUGGUAUUGAAGACAUUAGUUCAUUUUAAUGCAACUGACAGUGAGGUCAUGCUGUUAAAGCACUGAUAUUUACUAAAGAACCCUGACUACUCUGAUUAAUAUAAUUGUUCUACAUCAGGAAACGUCUAUCAUUUAAAACCAGAGCAAUUUACAUUCAGUGCAAAAUAUUUUCUAAUUUUUAUUUGUAGAGAUCUUGUAGGAAUAUACUUAACAGGGCACUGUGAGUUAAAUUACUACUGAAUAAUGAAUUCAAGUCGGGGUAUAAUAAUGUUUUGUUAUAACCAGGGUUUUUUUUUUUUGGUGUUGUGACUAAAGAGAAUUUGUCCAAGGCCUCCUGUUCCUUGCAUGUUUAAUCAUAUGUGUAAUGUCAUGCCUUUUUCAUUUAUAUUGUUACAGUUCUUUAAUGUUUGUGCACAUGCAAGUUGUAAUUCUUUGAGGGAGUUAUAGGGAGGGGAGAGGGCAAAGGCAGCCCCUCAAAUGCACAAACCCCAAAAGCCAAGACAAACAUACUGUGAUCUCUCACUCCUCAGGAACAUGAACAGUUGUCUCUGGAAAAAAAUGCUUUCUUUGCAUUUUCAUUGUGAAUAAUGGAUAAUAAAUCCUUAUGUUUUUUGAAGAGUGCAGUAGGCUAUGUUUUAAUAACAGUAUGAAGUAUUUCAUUAUUUU